ACAAAAUGGCGGCAGACCUAACGUUUGGGUCGGUUCCUCCAUUUUACAGGGAGGUUUAUGAUAUUGUUUGUCCAAACCAGGAACAUGUUGACCAGGAUCUGUUCCUGGAAAUCCUCGUCAAAUCAAGCCUACCGAAGGCAACAAUGCUACAGAUAUGGGAAGCAACUGACAGUAAACAGGGCUAUUUGUCUCGAAAUGGAUUAUACAAGGCUUUAGCUCUUACAGCCUUGGCUCAACAAGGGAAGAACAUUAAUGAGAAGCUACUGGAAUCUUUCUCAGGACAAGAACUGCCAAAGCCUACUUUGGGAGAUUUAUCAGAGUUGCGAUCAGCCAGUGUAAGGCUUAGGAGACAGAAAACACCUAAUGUGCUUGGAUUUGCCUUUGAUGAACUUGUUGGUCUAGAUACUGUUAAAGUUGAGUUGCUACCAGAAAAGAAAGGAUUAAUAUUAAAACAUGUUGAAUAUGAAGUUACAAGUCAGCGGUAUAAGGCAACCACUCUUCGUCGUUACAAUGAUUUCCUCGCUUUUCAUGAGCUACUGCUGAUGCGAUUCCCUUACAGAUGUGUACCUAGGCUUCCUCCAAAGAAAAUGAUGGGAGCAAACAGAGAAUUUAUAGAACACAGACGGAAAAGCUUGCGGAGAUAUCUUAACUUGAUAGCAAGGCACCCUCAGAUGCAUGAUGACAAACUUGUACAGUUCUUCUUGUCCUACAGUGGAUCUGAUGUUCAGCACAAAAUCAAGGAGACAUUCCGAGGCAUACCAGAUGAGUUUAUGACCAGUGACCUUGCCAGCCAAGCUAAGGAUCUUGUCCCAAUGGACACACAAACACAGCUCGGUAACAGCAAAGAUCACAUAAAGAUGCUGUAUAAUAGCCUGUCCAAGUUAAAAGACAUCUGUGAGAGAAUGGUCUUACGGUCUACAAACUAUGCUAGCGAUAUGCUGCAAUUUGGUAAAGAAUUAAGUGCAAUGAGCAAUGACAGUACUCCGGUAUCGUCAUGGGCAACGGGUUCCAAUGAGUCAUGGUGGCACCUCAAGAAGGGCUUUAAGCAUUUGGCUGUGGAGUAUGCUGCCUUGGGAGACAAAGCCACUCAGGAGGCUACAACAGCUGAAGAAAUGGUUGUUGAGAAAUUGUCAUUAUUACUUGACCUUAUUACUUCAUACCGGGAUCUGUGUGAACGCCAUGAAAAGGGCGUGUUACAGGACCACCAGCGAGCUGUCCAGAAAAUGGGCCAGUACAAGAAAAAGAAAAUGUCUGCAACAGUUCAGGGAGGAGAGGUUGGAGCAGUGGAUCAGCUGGAACAGAAGAUCCUGCUACAGGAGAGCCAGAUAGCCAACAUGGAGAACCGUAACUACUAUAGCCUGCACUGCCUGCAGAUGGAGACACAACUCAUACACGCUAACCUAGACAUUCUGUAUGAGGUUCUUGCCGCCAUGGCAACCGUGGAGUCCAAAUCACAUUCCGAAUUGGGGAAGGUAUGGGAAGCUAUAGGCCCAAUUAUUGACAACCUUCAGAAGGAGGGCACAUCCUCAUCAUCUAGUCGUAACUCUGCAUCACCAGUCAACAAUAACAAAAUAUCAGUCUAGCAGGCGUAAAACAGGACCCAUGAACUUUGGACUUGCCCAUAGGGCAGGGAGGAUUAUAGUGUGUAAGAUUGCAGUUUACCCCUGUGUUGCAGUAAAAACUGGGUUGUAUGUGACACAUGCUCAAAACUGUCCAGGACAGACUUGACUAGAUGAUGUUAAAUUCAACUUAAAUUUCAAAAAAUUGAAAUUCUUUUCACCUACAUCACUAAUCACAAGUGCACUAAAUUAUCCAAACAAAAUUGGUGCAAAGAGUCACGUUCAGCGCACCAUGUAAGUUAUAUACUUUAUUUUCAGUUGUAAUUAAUAUUUAUUUUUAAAUAUAAACACGAUGCAUAAAAGGGGCAAUGUCAGCUUUUUUCAUGUAAAAGUUUUCUAACAAUUUUGUAAAACAUACCAAGGUGAUAAAUUAAGAUAUUAAAUUAUUAUUUUAAAUGUUAUAAUAAAAAACGAAAAGAAAGAAAAAAGGCGACAGCUACCCGUGUUCUCUAGGUCUGCAGUUGGGCUCCUUUUCCAUCACACCAUGGUAGACAAAUGCUCUUGAUGAGUGUUAUGCAAUAGGUAAACACAAUUUAAAUAUUGUCACCAUUGAAACAAAAGUUGUCAUCAUUUGAAUGUUUAUUAUGUCUCCCUCCAUAAAUGGGGAGACCUAUUGUUUAUGCUUGAGGUGUCUUUGUGUCCAUCUGGCCACCACAAAUUGUGGUUGCAUCAUAAUUCUUGAACCACUCAUAGGAUUUUGAAAUGACUAGCCAGAAAUGUUUACCAUAUUGAGACAAUGUGCCCAGCGCAUGUAACAGCCAGCUAGGUUCACGGUCAAGGUCACACUUAGAGGUCAAAGGUAAUAUGACUAAAAUUCGUGUCGCUCCAUAUCUCUUCAACCCCUUGAUGGAUUUUAAAAUAACUCACCACAAAUGUUCACUAAAUUGAAACGAUGUGCAGAGCACAUGUUACAAUCAGCUCAGUUCAAAGUCAAGGUCACACUUUGAGGACAAAGGUUAUAUGACCAUAAUAUGACCUUUUUUUAUGUUCACUUCAUAUGUCUUGAACCCCUUGAAGGAUUUUGAAAUCACUUGCCACAAAUGUUUAUCAUAUUAAGAGCAUGUGCAGAGCACAUGUUUCAACCAGCUGGGCUUAAGGUCAAGGUCACAUUUUGAAACCAAAGGUCACAUAACUAUAACAUGAGUUUUGUUCAGUCAUACUUUUCCAUACAUACUUUAUUCUGUAUCCCAAUGUCAAAUGUCGUGGACAACCACAAGGGGAGACAUCUGUUUUUUUAUGAAAAAAGUUGAUAUUGUUUUUUGAAGGUUGCUUUUAUCCCCCCCCCCCCCACCCCUCACAUGCACACACAUAUUUAAGCGAUAUUUAGUUUUGAAUGUGUUUCAAAUAUGCCUAAAGGUGGAGUUCAUACACAAGAAAACUAGUUACAUGAAUUUUGCAAACUUGACUUUUUGCAUCAAGGUAAAGAUAUUGAUAUUUUUGUUUGUUUCUCUGAAUCACCUUUCAUUUUAAUGCAGAUGUAGUGCUGUUAAGUUUUUCCUGGGAUCUUGCAUUAAAUUUCAUACCAUUUUGUUAAUUGAAAAGUUGUUUUUAAUAUAAUGCAUUCCGCUCAAAUUGUUAAGUUAUAUUUAUAUCGGGGUAUCGCGUAUACAAAGAGACAGUGUUGUUAGGGAUAAGAGCUGAAUUGGGCCAUCCUUUAAAAACCUAUGGGUUUUUGUUGUUUUUUGCAGUGACUCACCUCAAGAUUGUUUUCAAUGAGUUUGUAGGUUGAGAAAUAUUUGUUCCGACUGAGGGAUGACUUAACAUAGAUCAUGAGAAGGAUCUGCUACAAAACUAGGUAUUUUAAUACUCUAGUACAGGGCGAACUGUUUUCAGUUUAGGCAUUUUUGAUGAAGUCACUACUGCUAACAAACACUUUAUCAGAUGGGCUUGAUGCUUAUGGCACUCAGCGUUGUGUUUGUUUUAGUGCUCACUUAUGACACUGUGCAGUGUUUGUUGUAGCGCUCACUUAUGGCACUGUGCAGUGUUUGUUGUAGCGCUCACUUAUGGCACUGUGCAGUGUUUGUUGUAGCGCUUACUUAUGGCACUGUGCAGUGUUUGUUGUAGCGCUCACUUAUGGCACUGUGCAGUGUUUGUUGUAGCGCUCACUUAUGACACUGUGCAGUGUUUGUCUAGUGCUCACUUAUGGCACUGUGCAGUGUUUGUUGUAGCGCUCACUUAUGGCACUGUGCAGUGUUUGUUGUAGCGCUCACUUAUGGCACUGUGCAGUGUUUGUUGUAGCGCUCACUUAUGGCACUGUGCAGUGUUUGUUGUAGCGCUCACUUAUGACACUGUGCAGUGUUUGUUGUAGCGCUCACUUAUGACACUGUGCAAUGUCUGUUGUAGCGCUCACUUUUGACACUGUGCAGUGUUUGUCUAGUGCUCACUUAUGGCACUGUGCAGUCUUUGUUGUAGCGCUCACUUAUGACACUGUGCAGUGUUUGUUGUAGUGCUCACUUUUGGCACUGUGCAGUGUUUGUUGUAGCGCUCACUUAUGACACUAUGCAAUGUUUGUUGUAGCGCUCACUUAUGGCACUGUGCAAUGUUUGUUGUAGCACUCACUUAUGACACUGUGCAGUGUUUGUUGUAGUGCUCACUUAUGACACUGUGCAGUGUUUGUCUAGUGCUCACUUAUGGCACUGUGCAGUGUUUAUUGUAGCGCUCACUUAUGACACUAUGCAAUGUUUGUUGUAGCGCUCACUUAUGACACUGUGCAGUGUUUGUUGUAGCGCUCACUUAUGACACUGCAAUGUUUGUCUAGUGCUCACUUAUGGCACUGUGCAGUGUUUGUUGUAGUGCUCACUUAUAACACUGUGCAAUGUUUGUUGUAGCGCUCACUUAUGGCACUGUGCAAUGUUUGUUGUAGCGCUCACUUAUGACACUGUGCAGUGUUUGUUGUAGCGCUCACUUGUUGUGACACUGUGCAAUGUUUGUUGUAGCCCUCACUUAUGACACUGUGCAAUGUUUGUUUUAGUGUUCAUUUAUGGCACUGUGCAAUGUUUGUUGUAGUUCUUUUAAAGAUAUUCAGUGUAAUAUACACCAUUUAGAUAGAGCAUGUCUGAAGAGUAUCAAGAUGAUUUUGUGUUAUGUUACAGUAAUGAGAUCUUAACAGUUGCCAUUGUACAAUUUUGUAGUUCAAGUUAUGUCUUCACAGAUGUGAGAUAUGCAUGUAAUGUUCUUGAUUUUCAAAAACUAUUCACUUGUUUUGAUCAUUUAGACUUUUUUCCUUGUUUUCAUAUUGUUAUUCACUGUCUUUAUGGAAGUUACCCGGUAUUAUAUUUUAGGUUGACCCAAUACUUUACCAGAAUGUCCAUGUUAGAAAAAUCCCAUAGCAACUAAGGCCAGAGUUUUUUAUUUUUCAUUUUAUGCCCUUUCUAAAUAUUGCAAAACCCAAAUAAGAAAAAGAUUCAAAUUCCUAACUUUAUUUUUAUUUUUUCCGCCGCCCGUUUCUUCAAUCUCCGACAGAAAAUAAAGUUUAGUGUGUUUUAACCUAUUGCUAAUUUCACAACAACAAAAAAUUAUCAAUCACAAUUUCCAAGAUAGCGGAAACCGGCGCUUCUUGAUUAUGGUGUUAACUGAAAUAUGUUUCAUUGUUUUGUGAUAUCACAUGCAUAUUAAAUGCCAUGAUGAAAACUUGAAACUUGCUUAUUAUCAUCAUAUACUGUGAAAUCAUUAAUGUUCGUGGGGCAUUAAUGUUCAUGGUUUUCGUGGGUUGGGUGAUCCACGAAUUCAAGAUCCCACGAAAUAUAAACCUUUUAUUCAUUUUUUCAUUUGCCAUGUUGUGUACAUAGUGAUUGAAUUUGUAGAUAUCAGCAAUCUUUAGGGAUUGUUGACUCAAAUAUAUGGACCUUCUCAGUGUUUUCAGUUUGCAAAAUUCUUAAUUGGUAUUCAAUGGCUUCGCCUAUCUGUAUUUAUGAUCAGAGUACAUCUUCUUUUAUGACCUUAAUUUCCAAUUAAAUCGAUAAUUGACAUGGGUAUGUGCACUAAUUGGCAUCUCGUACCACUUUAUCGAGUGUCAUAAACCGAGUGACGUAGAAGACGGAAAUCACAGGCCAGUGCGUGGAGAUAAUGUAGAUGAUCUAGAACAAUCUCAGUUUCAAUUAUUAUAUUUUUCAAAAACGAAAAACCACGAAUUCAAGUACCCACGAAAUUGUAAUUUUUCCGGAAACCACGAAAUUUCAUGCCAACGAAUAUAAAUGACACAGUAAGCGCUUGUAAGAAAAUGGCCGCCUUUUACGAAAUCUUAAAGUGGAUUUAGUUUGAAGACUUGUUCAUAAAAUCAGUGCAUUUGUCAUUUUGUGAUAUUUUGGAACGGAAUUGUGUUUUCUUUAUACUAAAGCAUAAAAUCACUUCAAUAUUUCUGUGUGUAGACCUGUUUACACGGGGAUUGGAUUUGGCUUGUUUGUCUAAUUAAGACAAUAAAGUUAUACCAACAUAUCGCAUACCAUUUUAAUGGGCAUUGGCUCCUCUUUUCAUGUCACCCAUUUUAAAAUGGAUUGUUUGUAUGUUGAUUUCAAAACGGGCGCAGGACGAAGUGAACCAUUUCAUAUUUAUUAUAACCAGAAAAAUAAACUCUGAAUCAUAAUAUAACAUUAAGACAAUGUAACAUAUAGAUGGUUCACUUAGUCCUGGUUCACUUGGGAAGUGGUUCACUUAAUCCUACAUUCAAGGCAUCUGGCACAUUGUUUGUGUCUAAAAUGUUGAUUAAUAUCAUUUUGGGUACAUAUAUUGAGAUAAACAACACAUCUGAAGAAAUUUAAUGUCUUUGAUAUACAAGAAAAAAAACAAGGUAUGUAAUUCAAACUAACCAGAUUUCACAGUAGAGUCCAUUCUUUUUAGUUUCUUAAGAAUGUAGGAUUUACUAAUUUUUAUUUAAAAGUGCAGUGUUAAAUACUGUGGAGUUACAGUUGAAGAAUAUAUUUACAUUGGUGUGAAUCAGUUGACUUGUGGCGGUUAGGGAGUAAAAUGAAUAUCCAAAAUUAAUGUUAAAAAAAGUUCCUUAAACGUGUAUUAUGCACCAGUCAAUUGUAACCACGCCCCCCCCCCCAGUUGCGGGGGUAUAAAGGGGAUAACGAGAGAAAUGGGCCAUGUAUUUACCUUCGAGGUGGCCACAGUGAUGAGUGAAUGCGGUGGUUUUGUUUUUGCGCCGAAAAUAGUGGGGGAAUUGGCCUUACCUCAGGGUGCAGGGGAAUUUGGUGGGGAUUUGACCAGUAGUUUGUCUCCGCAGGGCGGGGUUUUACCAAGGAUUGGCUGGACUGAAAGUCAAAGUCCCCGCUAUUCUCCAGACCUGGGUGGGGGGCUGGUUACAAUUGACUGGUGCAUUAUUGUGGCUACUUGUGAAAAUGACAUCUUGUUUUGACUUUAUUAUACAGAUCUAUUAUACAACAGGCAGUAUGGAGUACGAAACAAGUGUGCACAACUUCAAAACAUACAUUCUUUAAAUAUUUCCGAAAAAUAGAAAAUAAUACGAAAAAUCCAUCUAAUUUUUUAUUUUUUUUCUCAACGCUCAUUUUUCGACAUCUUUUUCUUAAUUUUAUUCCCCCCUCCUGGCGCUAAUUUUUGAAAAAUUUCACUUAAAACGAAAAAUAAAAAAACUGGCCUAAGGGUUAUUUUAUUGAAUAUUGGUCAGCCAUAUAUUGGGCCAAGGAAAAGAGGGUCAUAAGCGAUAUAAUUGGGUUAUUAGUACAGUGUUUGGAUUUGAGAGGUUGUGGUAGUAUUCAACUCAAGUUCACUUUGUAGAUUUGGAUUCCAUAAGCUAUUGCUAGUACUGGUAGAUCAAAAUCAUUAUAAUAACUGUUUUAUUAAAUACACUUCUGGUUUAAGUCAUUUUAAAGACACAUCAUAUAUUUUGUUUUAUGGAGUAAUAAACAUAACAUUUAAUUAUAUAAUGAUAUAUAUGUCAUGCAAUUAUACAUGUUAAUACAUGACGUCAACAUAAAGGAAUAUGGACAAAUGGAUUUUAUGAUAUGAACUGCUUGCAGAUUUAUGAUGCGUGUGUAAUAAAUACAGGUAUUUUUCACAACAUCAAAAUAUUAAUGUUGUGCAUGAAUGUAAAUUUAGUCAUAUGAAUUUGUGAUCCUCAACAGUUACCUAGAGUAAUGUUAUGUGAUACAUACUUUUGAGAUUUACAUGUUCUUGUUAUUAUAAAAUGCAUAUUUUAUUUAAAGUAUUUAAUAUGUAAAUUCUAUUUUUAUACCUAUUUUUUUUGCCACAUUCCCUUUUUCAUCGCCAGUUAUAUAAUGCAUCAUGUUUGGGAUUUGAUUUGUUAUGUCAUUUAUAUUAAUAUUAUGUGUGUUCUGUAUAGGUACAAUGAUUUAGGUUAAACUUGUUUGUUAAAUAAACGACUAUUUUUAUAUCUUUACCGUAGGUGCACUCUAUAUUUUAGAUUGAGAAUGCUUCUUUAGGUUACCCUAAUAGUUUGUUUAGUCUACGUAAUGCAACUCAUUAAAGAUGCACUCUUACUCCCAGAUCAGACUCACCACAAUUAAUAAUAUUGUUUUAAUAUUCCAAAAAGAAUGAAUACAUGUCGAAAACAAUGGUUUUUAUGAAGGAUACCGAGUUCAAUUGGAAAGAAAUGAGCAUAAAACACAGUAUUUAUACCUUAUGAGACUAUAGUAGACCACUGUAAAUCUUUUAGCAUUCACCAAUCAUUUAGUAUUUCUGUGCUUUCUGCUGUUAAAUACACGGUUACAAUCUUGUUAUCAGUAAUUAACAUUUUCCAUAAAUGUAUUAUUUAGAGAGGGUUAUCGAUCAGUCAAAAUGGACGUUUGUUAUACCGGUACAUGUGUAUGUAUUGAUUUUGAAUAAGAGUGUCACUUUAAAAGUGGUUAUACUUCAUAAUUCAGUCCAAUAUAUGUUAGAAAAAAAAGUGCAUUAAUAUCUCAGAGAUGAAUAUACUUUCUGCUGGAUUAUAAUUUUGAAAACAAUUGCCCUAUAACAUGUACAAUUUACUGUGCUUAACAUAAAAUUAAUUGAAUUUUCAAUACAGGAUCCCUUUUUCAAUGAUAAAACUUAUUAGAUUUGAACAGAAUUUCAAGGAAAUGUAUAGUUGUCAUAUUCUCAAAAUGCUAGAAAUUUCAAGUUUUCCUCUCUUCAUUGACAUGUAGAAGGAAAAUAAGUAAGUUGAAAUCUGUAAGCUACAGUGUUAUGCACUAGUCAAUUGUAACCACGGCUCCCCCAGGUCCGGGGAAUAGCGGCGACUUUGACUUUCGGUCCAGCAAAGUCCGGGUAAAAUCCCCGCCCUGCGGGGACAAACUACUGGUUAAAUCCCCACCUAAUGCCCCCCCGCACUCCAGGGACCAUAGGUAAGGACCAUUCCCCCCUCUUUUGGGCGCGAAGACAGAACCACCGCAUUCACCCCGCACUGCAGGGCCACUCCUAAGGUAAAAACACGGCCCAUUUCCCUGGCUACUGCCUGUAUACCCCCGGACCUGAGGGGGCCGUGGUUACAAUUUACUGGUGCAUUACACUGUUAACAUAAAAGUUCUUGGUACUUUUAUCUCCACCACAUUUAAGAUUAAUGAACUUCUGACUUAUAACAGGCAGGGUUUUUUUGUUGUUUCUUUAAUUGAGUUUCAGAUACAAAAUUGGGUGUGUUUUUUUAGGCAUAUCUUUCAUGAGAAUGCAUUAUAAUAUCAUAAAAUGGUUGUCUUCUUGCAAGAUAAUAACUAGUCCACUCAAAUGAUGCAAGCUGAGCUUAAUCUAUCCAAGUGCUAGACUAUCAUUCAUUUAACUGAUGUUAAACAAUGUGCUUUACUGUAUUAUUUUCCAUGGACAUAUACUGUACAUACAUAACCCAGUGCAUUUGGAGUUAUUUACCAUGGGCGUAUACUGUACAUACAUAGCCCAGUGCAUUUGGAGGUAUUUUCCAUGGCUGUAUACUGUACAUACAUAGCCCAAAGCAUUUGGAGGUAUUUUCCAUGGGUGUAUACUGUACAUAUACAUAGCCCAGUACAUUUGGAGGUAUUUUCCAUUGACGUAUAAUGUACAUACAUGUACAUAGCCCAGUGCAUUCGGAGGUAUUUACCAUGGGCGUAUACUGUACAUACAAAGCUCAGUGCAUUUGGAGGUAUUUUCUUGAUAAAAAAUACAUGUAUGUCUCAGUUAUUAUUUAAAUCAUUAAGCUCCUGUCAUUUGCCAUUGUAUCAUAACAUUGUUAUGAAGCAGACACCUAUUUAGUCUUUUACUUCUGUAUUGUUUUUUAUUGAAUAAGUGUCCUCUUUCAAACUAACAUGUUUGUUUAUGUGGACAAGUUUUGUCCCACAUUAGUAAACACUGUGGUAUAUAUAUUGUCAAGCAAUAAUAGUGUUUAUAUAUUGGUCAUUGUUAAGAUACAAACAAUUUUGUUUAUUUAAAUAUAAAAAGAUCUUUUGUAUUGUUAAACAGAUGUGUAUGUAUUAAAGACAUUGGUGUAUAUAUUGUAUAGCUAUCUAUUACUUUUACACGGACACGUAAGAAAAAUGAUAUUUCUUAUGUUUAUCUAUAUUUUAGACUGGUUAUUCCCAUCGAAUGCCGCUAAUAAAAUGUCAAUGAAC